GAAGAGCUGGUGCUGAGGGCGCCCAAAGCGAAGUCGUUGAGGACCGCUCCCAGCUGGUCCAGGCGUGGGGCGUAUUUGGUGUAGUGGCUUACCUUUCCUACGGUGUGGCCAAAGUCGUGCCUAUCGUGCUGGAUGGAUUGGGGGCCAUCGAGGAAGUCUGGCAAUGGGCUCUGUUGGCAGUGACGCUGCUCUUCUUCGCAUAUGUGGAGGGCUACCGGGGGUUCCAGCUCGGCUUCUCCCCGCGUGUCGUGAGCCGCGCGUGGGUCGUCUCGGAGGUCUGCAGGGCGAUGGCUUAA